GAAACUCAAAAGUCGGCGAAAAAACUCAACUACAAAAUUGCGAUGAUGCUGACCGUCACGGACGUCGGGGCGACGUACGUGCUCGUGCUGCUGCUCUUCCGCGCGCCGAUGAGCGACAUCCCAUGGACGCACACGUACGUCCUACGCUACUCGCUCGUGGCAAUCGCGAGCCUCCUGCUGAUCCACGGCGCCUUUGGCACCAUCUCGGACGAGUACUACUAUGGGCUCGAGCUCUUCACCGUCUUCAACACGAUCUCCGCGUACAUCAUGAUCCUCCAGGGCAAGGCGUACCUGGACGAGGACCUGACUGAGAAGGUCGCCAUCGUCACCGGCGCCAAUGCCGGCAUCGGCCUCGAGAUCGCGCGCCAGCUCGCGCAAAUGGGCGCGCACGUCAUCUUUGCCUGUCGGUCGAAGGAGCGUGCGGAAGACGCGAUGAAGCAAGUUGCCGCGACCACAAGCUCGUCCAAGCUCGAGUUCAUGGCGCUCGACGUCGGCAGCUUGGCGUCGGUCCGCGCUUUCGCAGACGACUUUCUCAAGUCGAAGCGAACCCUCGAUAUCCUCGUCAACAACGCAGGUGUGAACCACUACCGCCGCCAAGAGACGGUCGAUGGCUUUGAGGCGAUGCUGGGCAUCAACUUUCUCGGGCCGUUCCUUCUCACCAACCUCCUGCUGCCUGCUUUGCUCCGCGCCGACGACGGCCGCGUCGUGAACGUUGGCUCGUGCGUCAUGAAGUGGGCGACCAAGAUCCCGUUCGAAGACUUGAACACCAAGCAAAACUACGGCACGGGCCAAGCCGUGUACAACUGGACCAAAUGGGCCAACUACCUCUUUACGCAAGAGCUGCACCGGCGCUACGCCAACACGGCGCUGACGGUCAACUGCGCGCACCCGGGGCUGGUCAUCUCCAACAUGCAGAAGAACAUGCUCCCAUUCUUGAACACGCUGGCGCAUUGGUUCAACUGGCUGCGUCCGUUCCUGCAGCAGACUGGCGAGCAAGGUGCGUACACGCCCGUGUUUGCCGCGACGUGCCGCCACCUGACGGGCGGCCACUACCUCGCGCGGUCCGAGAUCGAAGAGCUGCCAGCGCGCUUUGUGGAUGCGGACUUGGCCAAGCGGCUCUGGGACGUGGCCUGCCCGCUGGUCGGCUUGCCCAGAGACUACUUUCCGACGCCGACACUCGACUAGCAUGGACGACGGAUGAUGGAUUAAAUGGCAAUAUGCAUUCUCUGCAGA